UCAUCAUUCAUAUUCAGUUCAUGUGUUUCAUUUGGAACUUUCUUCGUCUUGAAAACGAGCACUUGAACAAUUGUGGUCAGUUCCGUGCUGUCAGAGACAUCAGCAUUCGUCCAAUCACUGCUAAUGAAAUUGAAGGAGUAGACACUGAAGAGAAAGGACCUCUAAGAACACUUAAACGUCGCGCCUCAGAAAUACUCGGAAUAUCAGACCAACAUCCGUCGGUAACGGCCGCUAGACGACGGUCAAGCGGUGAACUUGGUCAACGUCUUUCAAUAUCCGGAGCCACUCGACGGGUGUCCGUACCAAAUCAAGAUGAGUCAGGGAGUGUUACUAGUGUGAGUCCAUCAACUGAUAUAGUGAGAAGAGGUUCAGCUAGGAAGAGGAAGUAUACUGUUGGUGGUUUAUUGGUUGAAGUGAAUGAGUUAGAGAAUAUAACUAAUGGAUCAGUGGAUGAUCCAGUGACUGAUAGUGAUAUUAAUGUUGAUUCAUGUUCCAGGAGUGAGGGGAGGGAGAGUGAAGGAGGAGGAGGAGGUCAUAGGUCACUGCAGGUUGGGUUUGUAAUACCUGCAGUCAUACCAGAGACUAUACUGUAAAUAAUAAUAAUAAUAAUAAUAAUGAUACCUUUAGUAUAU